CGUGUUAGUAUUAUAUAAAUACAUUAUUUCAUAUGUUAUUGAUUACUCAUCUUCCAUCCUUCACCUAUUUCUUGCCUCUCUGCAACUCACUUCUUUCUUAUUCUUCAUUGGUUGGUCAAAUUGUGAAAAGCAUGGAUGUUUCUGAGGUUAAUAAUGAUAGAGGAGAAUUGAGGAUUCAUGAAAAUUUGGAUGAACUAAGGACUGAGUUGGCUGAUUAUAUUGCUGAGUUAUCAGAGGCAGCCGUGAAGGAGAGAGGCGUUUUUGCUAUUGCAUUGUCUGGUGGUUCUCUCAUUGACUUAAUGGGAAAACUCUGUGAAGCUCCUUAUGAUAGAACUGUAGACUGGGCUAAAUGGUAUAUAUUUUGGGCGGAUGAACGUGUUGUAGCAAAAAACCAUUCUGAUAGCAAUUACAAGCUCGCAAAGGAUGUCCUUCUUUCAAAGGUGCCGAUUGUUCCCAGCCAUGUUCAUUCUAUCAAUGAUUCAGUUUCGGCAGAGGAAGCUGCCAACGACUACAUGUUUGUUAUCCGGCAGUUGGUGAAAACACGAAUGGUUAGUGUUUCCGACAUCAGUGACUGCCCCAAGUUCGACCUUAUCCUUCUUGGCAUGGGACCCGAUGGUCACAUUGCCUCGCUAUUCCCUAAUCAUUCGGCACUUGACGAGACCGACGGAUGGGUAACUUUCAUCAUCGAUUCUCCUAAACCUCCCCCUGAGAGGAUAACAUUCACUCUGCCUGUCAUCAAUUCAGCAUCAAAUGUGGCAAUGGUCGUGACUAGCGAGAGCAAAGCAGAGGCUGUGCAUUUGGCAAUCGAUAAUAUUGGACACGACCGCCCAUUGCUGCCUGCACGGUUAGUCCAACCAACGAAAGGGAAGUUGGUAUGGUUUUUGGACAAGCUAGCUGCAUCGAAACUGGACGGUCUUCAAUUUUCCGAGUAGGGUCAUAACCUGUAUGUUUGUAUGUAGGAGGGUUUCACAACCUGUUGAUCGUGAUCCUCGAUUCGUUCCUGUUUCUUCAUCAUUUAUACUCUGGUUUUUCGUCUUCCCGUUUAUAUUUGAGGUGGGAAGUUUGGAAUCCAUUUUGUAAGGAAAGGGAAAAGUAAUAAAAGUUGGGGUCUUAAUGCAAAAGUUUAUUGCUGGUUCAGGUUCAAUUCUUCUGACAUGGAUGAUCAAAAUGUGUCAAUCUCCAUUUUUGCAUGAAUCAAACUUUCAUCCAUCUGUUGUAAAGAAGGAUUAUAGAUUAGUGGUUACUACAAACAUUGUAUGAUGCAUCUUUUGUAAGAGGGCAAAU